GGGCGCGGGCCGGUUUGAAGCGCGCUCGGGCUCCAUGGAGACGGCGCCGCCGGGCGAGGCAGAGGGCAAGGCGGGCCCCGGCAGCGAUGGCGCGGGCGCCCGUUGCUCCCACGAGCGUCGGGGCCACCGCGCCCGAAGCCUUCGCCGUGCUGCAGCAGCGCCUGCGGGCAGCCGAGGAUGAAACGGGCGCGCUCGUGCGAGACCUGCAGGCGCUCGGCGCCGACGGGCGGAGCCUCCAGCCCGUCCCGGUCCGGGCUGCGGACGCCCCUGGGGGCCGCGCCGCCAUUAGCCCCGUGCGGGCCCGCGCCGCUUUCGCGGGGGAGAGCGACGUGCUGUGGAAGCGCUGCGAGGCGCUGGUGAACCGCAUGUGCCGGCUGGAGAGCGUCGUCCAGACCCUGAAGCUCAACGUCUUCCGGCUACAGACGGAAAAGGAGCUGAACCCGCAGCAUGCAGCCCACCUAGAGCAGCGCUUGAGCGCGGUGCAGGAGGAGCACCUGCAGGAACUGAAGGCCAUACAGCUCGAGUUACUGAUGUCGCGCCAGCGGCUCAGCAAGGCACAGGAGGCCGAAGAAAAGGCCAAGAAAGACGUACAGAGACUGAGCUCCGCACUCGAGAUGGCAACAGCAACCAAGACAGAUGCAGCAAUUGCAGUAGAACAACUGAGGACAACAAAACAGAAAAUGAAUCUUAGACUUCAGGAGCUAAAGGAGCAGCUGUCUAAGGAGGCAAGUCAACGGCAGUCCUUGGAGAAAUCCCAAGUAACCAUGCUGCGUCAUGUGCAGGAUAUGGAAAGGACUGUGGAGGCAGAACGGAAACAGGUGCAGCUGUUGCAGCAGGACUGCCAUGGUCUGCACCAGGAGGUCCAGCUGGCCCGAGAGAAGCUACAGGAGGAGAAAGAGAGAACUAUACAACUGGAGCAGGAGUGUACACAGUUGAAAGCUGAGUUGGAAUCCAAAAAUUGCAUCAUUUCCCACCUGACUGAAGAAGCAAAAAGUGCACAGGUCUCUUUCAGCAGAGAGCACAAGGAGAAUAUGCAGUUGCAUUCUGAAAUAACUGUCCUGCGAGAGACAGCUGAAAAAGUACAGACCCUUAAUGAUCAGUUAAACCAACAGUGUUCAGAGCUGAGUGCUACACUCCGAAGUGUUUCCAUGGAGAAUGUUAAACUUGUUUCAGACCAUCAAGCUAUGCUUAAGGCAGAACAGGAGAAAAUGACUCAGAAACUGCAAGAACAGGACUUGCUGCUAGAUGCUGCUCGUGCCAACAUUAUGGAGGAGUUGCAAAGUGUGCAGAAGGAAAAAGCUCAACUUCAGAGAGAGCUGGAGACCCUGCACUCUGAGCAUGCCACCUGCAAACAGAAAGCAAGUGUAGCCGAGCAGACAACAACCACACAAAAAGAACAGCUAGAAUCUACUAUUGCUAGACUACGAGGUGAACUAGAAACAGCACUGAGAGAGAGAGCAUCUCUCCAGAUGGAAAAGGAAAGCCAUCAGCAGGAAAUAGAAAAAACAGCAAAUGAAGUAAUACAGGGGAGGAACCAGCUGGAAAUUGAAUUAACCGAGAACAAGUUGGAAAUGGGUGCUAUGAGAUCCACAUUGCAGACAUUAGAGGAAGAAAACAUGAGGUUAAUGGGCCAUUUAGCUGCACUGGAACACCAGCAGCAUGCCCAGCAGCAGGUAGAACAGAUUCUAGCAGAACUGACUGAUAGUAAGAAUAAACUUGCCUACGACAAAGGAAAGCUUCAGACCAAAGUCCAGGAGCUGGAAAAAGAAUUGCAAUCUCUUGCAGAUGCACACUUAGAGAAUAGCCAGCUUCGCAAGCUGAAUACAGCAUUGGAGACCAAAUAUACUCAGGCACAGACUGUUUUUGAACAUAAGGAAGAUGACUUCGCUCUGGCAGUCAAAUCCCGAGAUGAAGCCUUACGAGAGUGUCAGAAGAUCAAGGGACAGAUGGAAGCCAUGGAAGAGAGAGAGAGACAUAAGGUGGCAAAUUUACAGCACCAAUUAAAGGAAGCAAAGGAGGAUAAUGACAAAGUGACAAGCAUACUGGAGAACGUGUUGGUUUCUCAUAGCAAGAUGCAGGAAGCUCUGGAGAAGGUACAGACCGAGCUGGGACGCAAGGAUUCCGAGAUCACCAGCCUCAGGAAAGAUAGAACCCAAAGCCAACAGAAAAUACAGAGCUUAGAAGCAGAACUGGAGCAGUGCCAGGCCAAACUGGUUUUCAUAGAAACCCAGCACAAUAACCAGGUGGGGCCACUUCGUAAAGCACUAGAAGUUGCAAGAGUUGACAACAAGAAACUUGCCCUUAGUUUGGAACAAACUUUGCAAACCAACAGUACCCUUCAGAGCAAGCUGACCCAGACCCAGGGUGAAUUGGACUGCAAAGAAAUUGAGCGUCAAAAGCUGAUCAUUUGCAGGCAGCAGCUGAUUGAGGAAGCCAAGACUGGGGAAAAGUUGUAUUCUGAACGCUUGGAGUCUUUGAGGAAGCAAUUUCAGACUGAGCGAGAAGCUACCAAGAAGGCAGUCCACAGAGAAUCAAUUGAGCUGAAGAAAGCUCUUGAUGAAGCCUCCUCCAAAUCUGCUGUAGUGUCUCGGACGAACAAGGAGCUGCGGCAGAAGGUAACGGAGUUGGAAAAAUCCCUGGACAAUUACAGGGAGAAGCUGAAGAGCCAGAAAGCUCAAAUCAGACACCUUUUGGCCUCCAAGGCCAACAACGCCCAGAACACAGAAAGGAUAAAGGAGAUUGAAUCUGAGCUGAGGCAAAUGGAGGUGAUCAAACAGCAGUAUCAAAAGAAAAAUUAUGAACAGUCACAGAGCAUCCAGAAAUUUAUGACAGAGUUAACAGGUUUGCAGAGUGAGAUGCAGAUGUUAGCCAACAACCAGUAUGAAGUAGAAACACAAAACAGACAGCUGGAGACCCACUUGGAAUUAGAGCGGAAACUGCGACAGCAGCUAGAGGACCAAUGUCAGAGCCUGGAAGAAACAGUCAAACACCUGAAGAAAUGCAAAGAGGAAACUGAGCAGAAACUGAAAGAAGCCAGCGUAGAGUCAGAACAGAUCACAGCUAACCUGGAGGAAGCUCAUCGCUGGUUCAAAUUUAAGUUUGACAGACUGCAGCUAGAGCCAGUAAAAAACCAUCAGCUGAAGAUCCCUAAUGAAAAUAGUUAUGGAAAGGAGGCAGAGAAGGAAGAAGCAAUGAAACUUCCUAGCCAAGCCUCCCUGAAUCGCUGGGAGACCAAACAGCAGCUCAAACUAAUUGCCAGGAAGUAUCAGUUUGAGCUGAACAGAAAGUGAUGUCAUCUGACCCAUCUGAUCCAGCCUAAUCUACCACCUGUGAACAGCAUAGUUUCUAGCCAGAACAUCACAUUCUGGCAGCAGAUGUACUCAGGGUAAUCCUAAACCUAAAGCACCUUAACAUACAAGUAACUGCAUAUUUAUGGAGAAGACUUUUUGAAUGAACAUAAACAGAGGCCUUGUCACCUCUGCAUUUGAAGGGGGCCCUGCAAUUAAAAUACAUAUUGACUUGCUAGUUAGUGCACCAGUGCACAGACAGGUUUUUGUAUACUUAAUAGUGUUAUAUUUAAAUCAUAUAUUUCACUUCUGAUUAACUUGUCUCGGCUAUCCAGUACUACUGAGACAUCUCAUUGUUUGAGACCCAAAUUACCAUUUUCCCCUAUUUUAAAAUGAUGGAACUAAGAUUAGCAAAAGCUAUUUAUAGCAAAGAUAUUCCUCUCUCUAAAGCAGCUGUAUAGGAAGCUUUAUCUCCCAGCCUUCGUUUGAGUUUUGGCAGCUUAGAAUUAGGCCUGGGUUUGUGAUGCAAGCAGGUGUUAGCAAUACUUUAAUUGAGAACCCAGAACGCUCUCAAGGGGAUUUAGCCUCUUUGGAAUGGUCUGUAACAUUCAUGGGUUAGCUAUAGUAAAACUUCCUGAGCCAAGGCAGGCAUGUGUCCAUUGUUGGGUGUUUGAUUCGUGGGAUCAGUUCUCAGCUGAUAAAAAUGACUCUUUACUGCUGCCAACAGCAGCUCUGAGUCUAGGCAGUGAGGAAACAGAGUUGUCAUCCCAUUACAGAACCCUACCUGUCUGCAAGGUGCAUGGGAGGGGAGCAUGUUAUGUAAUCAGGACCAGUGUGAUUAACGUAACUGAUUCAGCCCGUCCCACUUUGGACAAAAAAAAGUCUUAAUUUUUAUAUCUCAAAGGAAAGAAGGUUUAAAUCCUAACUUACCACCUAUUCUGAAUUCUGUCUUCUGCUUUGGAUGGCUCCUUUGUUUCACUGCUCAGCUGAUAAUCACUGACAACCAUUCUACUCCUCUGGCUGGACUUUACAGCAUAACCCAGCGUAACAAGAUGCAUGCUGUGAUAGCCCUAACUUCUUACAAACUAUCACAGUGCUGCCGGCAUCUGACCAUGUGGUGUUCUUUUGUUUCUGCAGAGCCUGCAUUGAGAGACUUUGCCUUCCUGAAGGAUCAGGUCGGGGCCAAGCAUAGUUGGUGCCUAGUUAAUGCUACCCCAGCCUGCUUAUAAACCUGCACUUGUACCACAUGGACUUUAAAUGACAAUAGCUUGCUCCACUUAAGUUAAAGAAUGAUGCUUGUUAACUUCAAGUGGACUGCCUCAAAAAACCCUAAAAUCUCGUUAAUACCACUUUGACUCUUCCCCUCCCUAGAUGCCAUUAAGGUGAAGAGAUGCCAUACAAUUCACAUCUCCUCCCUGUAUUUAAUUGGAUAAAUUGAGAUCAAUCUUGCUUAUCCACCUUGUAGCAAUACAUCAAUAGCAAAGCUGCAACUAACUCCUGCUUCUCAUAGCACCAGACUAUAAAGCAGUCUUAGCCUGAAACCAACCAAGGAAUAUUGCUUGCUGCCUUAUCUUUUUCUAUAAGUUAGAUCUAUUUCAUUAGAAAAUUCAUUUUUAAUUAUAAAUCACUGUGACCUUUCUCUGUAAAGGGUAGAAAAUGCUCUUUUCUCAGAAGCCCAGCAAAAGGCACAAGUAGAAAUGGUUCACUGGGUGGGGAGAAACUGUGCCAGAUUCUAGCAUCCAGUUUCUUUCAGCAGUUGUUGCUGAUCCAUUUGUUUAGUACAUUUUCCUUGUCAAGCUUCGUGCUGUUUCUUUUCAGCUACAGGUCUCUGGAGUGCUGUAUGUACAGUUGCUGUGUGUAGAUAUAAGUGUAAUCCAACCCUGUAGUUUCAAUAGCCAUUAAAUUUUCUUUAAUUUUCUAUAAAAA